AGACGGCCGGAGCGCGUGCGACUGAGCUCUGUAUCUUGAGCUCGCGACCCUGGGGCAAACCAAACAGGGAGGCUCGUGGGAGAAACUCUUCAGCCGAAACCAAAACACAAGGAUUAAAACUUAAAAACUGCUGCUGUUGAACCCAUUUAACGCAUCGACAGCUUAUUAAACACCGAGCCGAAGUGUUUGGCCGAAACCUGGAGGUGUUUUCGGGAUGUAAAGUUGUCCUUGUCGGGGUGAACUGGAUGUUAAAGACGGCGAAACGGGAGCAGGAAUGGUGGUGUUUCUGUUUUGACCCGGCUCCAUUUUCUCCUCAAACAACCAGGAGGAGAAGGGAAAGUUAGGGAGCUAAGAAGGAGGUAAGAAGGAAAGGGAGAAAUGGCCGAAGCACGGUCCGAGGAAGAGGAGGAAAACAUGAUGAGGGAAAAUCGGGAACAAGUGGUCCGACGGCAGCCCAACAGCUCCGGAGGUCGUCCUGACAGGCGUAAGCCGGAGCAUCGUCUCAGCCAGGGUCCUCUGUCGUCCAUCAGAGCGGCCAUCAAGAGAACCUCCACCAGGACCACGUCUCUCUCCGAGUCGCCCAGAGACAGAGAGCGGGAGAGAGAGAGGGACAGAGAGAGAGACAGGAGGCGACCGGAGAUCACCAUCCUGUCCGCAGAGCCGCUAGCCUCCACUUCCUGGUUCCCCGGAGCCGCUGCAGGAUUCCCUCCGCCCCCCCCUCCUGCUGCACAGAUCUGGGGCCCCACCAUCCCUCCGUCCAUACAGCCGCCGCCGUCCUAUGAGGAGGUGAUCAGGGAGAAGACUCAGGAGCAGACUCUCCCUCCUCCUCCUCCUCUUCUUUCCUCCAGCUCCUCGUCAUCAUCAUUAUCAUCAUCAUCCCGUCCAGCUCCUACAAUAACCAUCGCCACGCAGACUGACCCGGGAUCUGCCCCCGAGCCCCCGGAGCCCCAGGGGAGAAGACCAGUGAGACCACAGCGACCGCCUCACCCCACCCCUCCCAAACCCACUCACGCUGAUGACAUCACCAUCUCAGCCAGCCAAUCAGCACCAAACAUACACCUUGUCUCACCUUUGACCUCCAACUCUGACACUCAAACGAACCAAUGGGAUCAGCGUGUUGACCCAGAAGCUCCUCCCACAACUUCCUCUCGUGUCCCAUUGCAGCGUCCUAAGCCCCGCCCCCGCUCCCGACUCAGUGCUCCUCCAAUCAGCAGCGAGGUCAGAGUUCAGACUCUGGUGAAGCUGCGAGACGACGGUGCCGCUACGCUAGCCGCCCGCACAGGAAGUGAUCCCGUCAAACAGGAAGUGAGUCAGGGGAAGUACCUGCAGGAGCUGCUCGAGGCCUUCAGCACCGACGACUGGGGCUUCCCGGAUCGCCGUAGCGACAGCAGCAGCCAAUCAGAGAGCGAGGAGGAGGCAGAAGAAGACAUGGCGGCGCUUAAAGCGAGGAUUCAAGCCUUCGAGCAGCAGCAGCAGGUGGCUGAUGGGAGCUGUGGAGACUUCACCACCACAAAGAAACCUGAACCCCGACCGCGCCCUCGUCUGCAACAAACCAAAUCAGCCCCCCCUACUGUCGCCCCCAAACCCAAAAACUUUGCACAAGCACCCAAACCGUCCUGCAAGGGAUUCUGGGAGGACGGCAGUGAGACAGAUGCCACUGAUUCCUGUUCCCUGAAACCUGAACCUGCUUUGGUUCCCGUCAAAACCACGGAGAAACCUUCAAUAUCACCAAAACCACAGACUACAACGGACCCCCCUCCAUCUUCUGCGGCCCCCGUCCCGGCCCCCAGACCCCUUCCCCCCAAACUCACCCCCUCUGUCAGUGAGACUGCAGCCAAACCUCCUCCCAGACCUCCAGUCGCCCCCAGGGCCAGCGUGGGAGCUCCUCCCCAGGAGAAGAGCACCUCGGCAGGGCAAAGAACCCCGACUCUGCCCCCCAGGCCGUCUGUGGAGCUCAGCAGUGGAGCUGCCACAGAGGCAGGAAGUGAGGGGACGCAGGACGCUGCAAAACAAACUGUGAAAGUAGGAAGUCUCCGUCCAGGCGUCCCGAUCAAACCAGCAGCUCUGACUGCACCACGCAGAGCCAGCGCUCCAAAUCUGGCCCCCAGACCCACAGCUGCUUCUCUGGCCGCAGUAGGACCUUCUCCCGUUCCCAUUCCCGGUAUGAAACCUCCGACCCCAGCUCCGGCCCUGAGGAAAGGUCCCGUGAUCCAGAACAAACCAGACACCAGCGUGACUGCAAACACAAGCUCCUCUGACCCUCCUCUUCCUCCACGGCCUUCAGGAGUGAAGCUCCUCCCCCUUCGUCCUCCACCGAUCAAAUCCACCCCCGGGCGUCCGCCUCCUCCAGCGGUCAGCUCCUCGGCCAAUCAGACUCCCCCUCUGUCCAAAACUAGUCCCACCCCUUCUGUUUCCCCCGCCAACCAGUCAACCAAUGAGGUAAAGCCUCAACGUGCAACAAAGAGAGGACCGCCUCUGCCCCCCCGCCCUAAACCUGGACACCCUCUAUACAACAGCAACGUGAAACAGGAAGUCCUGAUCAUCCUGGAUGACCCGAGCCCCUCAGAGCACCAAUCAGAGGAUGGGGGAAAAACUCAAACUGUGGUCAUCGACCAAUCACAGAGUCUCCUGGACCUGGACAGCCAACCAGAGCCUGUGCCAGUUCAGGAGAGCCAAUCAAAAUCCGACCUGGAGGGCCUCAGCCUAUCAGACUCACAGUCUAUUCUGCCCUUGGAGUCUUCAGAGCAGAAGGAACAAGCCGACCCUCCACCUGUCAGCGGUCCUCGGUGCGUGGCCCUGUUCGACUACGAGGGAGAGGAGGAGGACGAGCUCACCUUCUCUCAGGGUGACGUCAUCGCCCUGUUGGAGCUGAUUGGUCAGGAGUGGGGGCGGGGUCAGAUCCACGGACGAAUCGGAAUCUUCCCGCUGAACUUCGCCGAGGUGGUGGAGCCUCCGGCGGAGAAACCAACGACAACAGAGACAGGAAGUACCGCAGCACCAAAGACCUCCCUGGACCCAGACGCCCCGACUGCAGUGGAGGAGUGGGUGGAGGCUGUGUUUGAUUUCCCCGGUCAGACUGCAGAGGAUCUGUCCUUCCAGCGGGGGGCGCUCAUCCUGGUGACGGAGCACAUCGAUGCUGAGUGGAGAAGGGGGAGGCUGGGGGGCAAGGAGGGGGUCUACCCUGCUGCCUUUACACAGCCCUGCAAUGCUCAGCCAAUCACAGCCCAGCAGCCAACGGUUAGAGGCGUGGCCAAAUUCGACUUCACAGCAGAGGGCGAGGAGGAGCUCACGUUGAAGGUCGGUGACGUUGUAACGCAGGUGGAGUUUGUGGGUGAGCAGUGGAUUCUGGGAGAUGUGGGCGGGAAGCGUGGGAUUGUUCCUAAGAACUACGUUUCACUUCUCUGAGGAGGAGAAGGAAAAACUAGGAAUAUUUUUCUUUUGGAAAACUUUUGGAGAUUUUAUCCGUCGUUUCAACAUUUGUCCCAAAACUUUUCAGGUGGUUUUUGAUUUUAAAAAACCACCUGUGCAGUGUGUUUCGGGGGGGAUUUUGGAAAGUGGAUACCCUCACGUUAACAGGACGGACCUACGCUGCCUUAACGUCGGAGUAAAUCAGAUUUUUCUUUCUUACUGACUCCGUGGACUAGUUCCCACCUGGACUGGAUUUGAGUUCUUAUUUCUCUCACUGACUUUUGUCCAAUAUUCCUGCUAUACCCAAACUUUUAAAGCUCCUACGGCUUCAAAUGCGUCACCCUGCAUCCCUCUCAAAGCUUCAAAUCGAUCUGCAUAACGGGAAUAUGAACUUCCUUUAUAUCUGCAUCAAGAGCAACCUGCAGUAUUUAGACUGGAAAGGAGGGCUGCUAAAUUAAUCAGAAUACUAUAGAGACUUCUGUCAUAUCUAAAUGAGCUGAAUGAAGUAUUGUGGAGCUGCAGAUAUAAACAGUAUUUUACAGACUCAAUUAAAACCCUUGUUUGUUUCUGAUCCUCCAAAAAAUAAAUCACACUUUUAUCCUUUUAAUGUAUUUUUCAGAUGAUGAUUUAAAUUAAAAUCAUGAAUCAAAUCCUAGUUGCAAUAACACUCAGAAUCUUCACAACUAAGUUAUUGUAUUCCAUAUCUGGCAGGCUUAUUGGGAGGGUUAGUUUAAACUGGUGUUUUAAUAUACUCAUCAUAGCGGAGGAGAUGAGAAAACUGGAUCAUAACUGCAUUAAAAGUCCUACAAAAUGGAGUAAAAACGGAGUAAGAAUGUAAUAAUGUGGAGCCUUCAGAAGAGGACCGUGGAAUUGUAGACAGGAAGAUGUUUUUUCUCAUAAAGGUCAUUAAGUUGUAGCGCUCGUUGCCACUUCAGUGAGGAAAUUAACCGUUAUUUUAUAACUUUAGGCACAUUUUUAGUUAUUUAUAAAUGUUUCCACUGGUAGAGUCUUGAAGAGAAACACGCCUGGUAACACUAUCACAUGCCUUAAACGCAUUAUAAAAACACCUAUAAUGUGCUAUAACCUGCUUUCCUCACUGUAUAAUAACAGUUAUAAGCACUCUUUAAUUAACUAUAAGGCUAAUUAUCAUAACACGUAAUAAUCACUGCUCAGUCACUGACAUUUCACUGCAAGUUUCAUAGUUUCAAUGCAUUUUAAUCUUUGUACAUUGCCUUAAAAGCUGUUUUAAUGCAUAAUGAUGAGAUUGUUAAGUGCAUUGGUCAUUGGGUGCUGUUAUUAAUGGUUAAUGGGGUUUUGUGUGUUUUUGUAGGGGUUUGAUAAUAAUUAUCACUCAUAUUUUGAAUAAUCACAUUAUAUUUGGCCUUAUAGGUAAUUAGAAAAUGUGUAACACUAAUGUGUGUGUUUAAACGAGACACACACACACUCUGAAAUAUUUAGGAAUCACUUUGUAAGAAGAACUUUGUUUAACCAAACAUUCCAUCUUUUUAUUACAAAUAAAACUGUCGGACAUUUCAGUCACA